AUGGACUUCGAUGCCGGAAUUCCCAUGUCUCGUGCUGCCGCGCCCGUGACCGACGCUCCGUCACUGUCACCCUCCUUGACCCAAGAUGCAAUGUGGCAAAUGAAUUUGAGAUCAAGUGAAACACUGGAACCUGGGUCCUAUCCCGAGCGUACCGGAGAGCCAGAUUGUUCUUAUUACAUCAGAACAGGCCUUUGUAGAUUUGGAGCAACAUGUCGCUUUAAUCAUCCUCCUAACCGGAAGCUGGCUAUUGCCACUGCAAGGAUGAAGGGAGAGUUCCCAGAAAGAAUUGGACAACCUGAAUGUCAGUACUACCUGAAGACAGGAACUUGCAAGUUUGGAGCAACAUGCAAGUUUCAUCAUCCUAGAGACAAAGCAGGAAUUGCUGGAAGAGUUGCCUUAAAUAUCUUAGGCUAUCCACUUCGACCGAAUGAGAUUGAAUGUGCUUAUUAUUUACGAACUGGACAAUGCAAGUUCGGAAGCACUUGUAAAUACCACCAUCCACAACCUACUAAUAUGAUGGUUUCAUUGCGUGGCUCUCCUGUAUAUCCUACUGUCCAAUCUCCAACUACUCCUGGUCAGCAGUCGUAUGCGGGAGGAAUUACAAAUUGGUCAAGAGCAUCUUUUAUUCCCAGUCCACGCUGGCAAGCUCCAUCAAGUUACGCUCCUCUUAUUGUUCCUCAGGGAGUGGUAUCAGUCCCAGGUUGGAGCGCAUACAGUGGCCAGAUUGGCUCCGUUUCAUCUCCAGAGAGCCAACAGCAACCAGUGGGAAACAGUCAAAUCUAUGGAACUUCACGCCAAGGUGAACCGGAAAAUUCAGGUUCUCAAGGGACCUUUUCUCCAUAUCGUUCUGGCUCCAUACCUGUAGGGUUUUAUGCAUUGCAGAGGGAAAAUGUAUUUCCUGAAAGACCUGGCCAGCCUGAGUGCCAGUUUUACAUGAAGACAGGUGAUUGUAAGUUUGGUGCAGUUUGCAGGUUCCAUCAUCCUAGGGAGAGAUUAAUUCCUACUCCAGACUGUGUUUUGAGUCCAAUAGGCCUUCCUUUGCGGCCGGGAGAACCUUUAUGCAUCUUUUAUUCUCGUUAUGGUAUCUGUAAGUUUGGUCCGAGUUGCAAGUUUGACCACCCUAUGGGUAUCUUCACAUAUAAUCCCAAUGCAUCAUCUUCGGCUGAUGCCCCAGCCCGGCGUUUGUUGGGUUCAGCGUCAGCGACCACUUCAUUAAAUUUAUCAUCAGAAGGAUUAGUUGAAGCAGGAUCAGCAAAUCCCAGGAGACUUUCACUGUCAGAACCUAGGCAGAUACCUUCUGGAGAUGAUAAUAUUGACACAGAGGACUGA